AGGUUAUGUUUGGUUUGGAUGUUUGGAUUCAUGAUAAAUAUAUUUAAAGAAAAAAAAAGAUCUAACAGAAUAAUUGGACGCUAGACUUGUGCUAAAACUAUUACAAUGCUCGAUAAAAUUCUUUAUAACACCGUGUUAUGCCAAACAUUUUCACCUUGCGGUAAAUAUUUGGUGGCCGGAAACAUUUACGGACAAGUCGCCGUAUUUGAUCUCGACAGAAUACUAAAUCCAAUUGUAGAACUUCUUACGUCUGACUACAACAAGCCUAAACAAAUCCAUAAAAUUGAUUCUGGCAAACAAAUAUGCAGUUUGGCGAGUUCUGAGAAUUUCCUUAUUGUUGGAACAGUUAAUGAAAUUACAGGCUGGGAAUGGAAGUCGGUAGUUUCGGGAAAGUGGUCCAAACCAUCAUGGACUAUAAAUAUACCUAUGAAAUCCUCCAUGGAACAGUCUGACAUCAACAGUCUAUGGCUCUCUGAGGACCAGACCAAACAUUGCGGGUGCGGUGACAAUAAUAUUUAUGCAUUUAAUCUGGAGGAUGGCAGAUUGGUGACAACUUACAAGGGUCACAGUGAUUAUAUUCACAGUAUACAUGGCAAGGCACAACAGCUCAUAUCCGGAGGUGAAGACGGUCUAGUCAUGCUCUGGGAUGAGAGAACAGGCAAACACCAUAACAAACUAGAGCCUCAUGCUAACAGCAAAGUGAGCCGCCCAGAAGUGGGCAAAUGGAUCGGAGCUGCAACUCUUGGGGAUGACUGGAUUGUAUGCGGCGGCGGCCCCCGGCUAGCCCUCUGGCACCUCCGCUCGCUCGACCCCGUGACCACCUUCGACCUCCCCGACCGCGGCAUCCACGUGGCCUUCUUCCACGACGACUGCGUCUUCGCCGCUGGAGCCACGAAGCAUCUCUACCAACUUUCAUACUCCGGUGACGUUCGAGUUGAGUUACCAGUUUCGGCUACUACCGUGUACUCGGCAAUGCUAAAGACAAGUCCUAAUGUGUUGGCUAUAGCGGGAUCUAGUCCAGAGAUAGAUCUGUGUACGACUUUCAAUUAUAGAGAUCAAGUGCUGCAUUUCCGGUAAGUUUCAAGUAGAUAUCAGUGGUAGAUAAACCGUAAGAUUUAAAUUUGACUUUUUAUAAUAGUAUAAGACUAAAAUUACAAUUUCAAUACAGUGUAUGACAAAACUGU